GUGAUAAGAACCUCAACCUAGCCGGUCAAUGGCUGGCUCCAACUCUCCCUCUUUCUCUCCAUGAAGUGAGAGAACCAGCCUUCAAUUAGUCAAGUUCAAACAUACCAACGUUGCUACAAUGUUGAUGCUAUCACCAAGCUUCAUGCUCGGAGCUGCUGCUCUCCUGGUUGUCACUCAUCUCAUUAUCCGUCUGACUUCGGCCACGGCAAAGGUUCCCGGUCCCUUGAUAUCCAACUUCACCUCGCUUGUACUGAAAUGGCACGAACUCAAUGCCAACCGUACCGUAUACAUUCACGAGCUUCAUAAGAAAUAUGGCACAGUUGUCAGGAUCGCACCCAAUGAGGUCUCAUUCACUUCGAUUGAUGCUCUCAAAGAGAUUUAUGGUUCCGGUGGUAGCGGAUACGACAAAACCGAGUUUUAUGACCUCUUCCAAGUCUACGGCAAGCGAACAAUGUUCUCAACACUGGUUAAAGGCGAUCAUGCGAAACGACGGAGGAUGAUUGGCGAUAGAUAUGCCAACAGCAACGUAAUGAAGCAAGCUCCCUUGGCCGGGAUACAAGAACGCUCCAAGAGGUUUGUUGAGCGUUGUGUUGACUCACCUGACAAGACGGCAGACGUAUUUAGAGCGUUGCACGCAUAUGCUUGUGAUUGCGUUACGCACCAGUUGUUCCACCCAUAUGGAAGCAACUGCCUGCAAAACAAGGACGACGAAGAAAUGAUGCAUCAAGUUGCUGCCGAUGACAGUCUUCAAAACCGUCUGGUCCAGUACUACAGCCCGAUUCUUCACCGUCUUGGAUCCAGCAUUCUGACUAGCUUUGCCAAACCUCGACUGAUUCCUCUGGCCGACAAUUUUGUAAUCGAGAACGCCAAAGAAGAUGGUGCAGCAGAUUUCACCGUUCUGAACCGGCUUAAGGAGAAGGAUAGCGUCCUUGAUACUAUCGACAUGGCUGCCGAGUGUCUCGAUCAUAUGGCCGCUGGCAUCGAUACGACCGGCGAUGUUCUCUGCUUCUUGAUGUGGGAACUCUCACUGCCCCGAUCGAUAAAGUAUCAACGACUUCUGCGACAAGAGUUUCGAAGCAAGCCUGACGCCAACUUUGACGAGUUGCCCAUGCUAGAUGCUGUCCUGAACGAGGGACUGAGAUGUUUCCCCGCUAUUCCAAUGUCAUUGCCUCGAUACGUUCCCCACGGCGGCCGUGUCAUUGAUGGCUUCUCCUUACCCCAGAAGACAGUUGUCAGUUGCCAGGCCCUUUCGGUUCACCGAAUUAAUGAUCAUGUGUUCCCCGAGCCGGACAGGUUCUACCCUGAAAGGUGGUUGGAGGCCGAUGGAGAUGCCGACCGACGAAGACACCAAUGGGCCUUCUCUAGUGGAGGAAGAGGAUGCAUCGGGAAACACCUUGCCAUGGCGGAGAUGAAAACCCUGCUGCGAGACGUGUAUUCACGGUACGAAACUGAGCCAGAUGAAUCAAUGAAGUGCGAAUCUAUGGCGAUGGACGAUCAACUGAUUUCCUCGCGACCUCUUGGAAAGCGAUGCCUCCUUAAAUUCGUGCCUGUGAAGGGCUGAACUAUAAUUCAAACGAGUUGAUGAGCAUUGACGAAGGGACGGGAGUUUGAUCAGGACAUCAGAAUCACGAUUAGCACACACACGCACACACCCACCCACCAAACAGUCUAGAAUGUGCGAUUGUCAUAUGCUGAAGGAUGGGAUCGGCAACUCGGCGAUAGGGGAUAUGAAAAGCUCAAACAAACAAUCACAGCUGAGGGUAGAGGGUGUUUCUAUCGUCUAUAGAAGAGACUCACAAUCAAAACCCACUUCAAACAAACAACAUAUCGUGAUUGCCUUCGUCGGUUGGAGUUUGUGGCUUUUAAAUCCGAAUACACCGAUGUCGUAUUUGUCAUUCUCCGGCUGCAUCCCCCGAAUUCACAACGUGAAAAAAGGCAUGA